AUGUCCUCCAGUCCCCACAUGGCAGAUUUCAAGCUGCUCCCAGGCACCCUGAAGGAGGUGUCUCAGCUGGUGUUCGGAGCAGAUAAGUCUGGCCACCAUCAGGAGUUUUGGGCCAAUUCGGUGACCUGGAACCCUCACAAGAUGAUGGGCGUCCCACUGCAGUGUUCAGCCCUGCUGGUAAGAGAAGAGGGAUUGAUGCAGAGUUGCAAUCAAAUGCAUGCUUCCUACCUCUUUCAACAAGACAAGCACUACGACCUGUCUUACGACACAGGAGACAAGGCUUUGCAAUGUGGACGGCAUGUUGAUGUCUUCAAGCUAUGGCUGAUGUGGAGGGCAAAGGGAACCACAGGAUUUGAAGCACAAAUCGAUAAGUGCUUGGAACUUGCAGAAUACCUAUAUAAUAAAAUAAAGAACAGAGAGGGGUAUGAAAUGGUGUUUGAUGGAAAGCCUCAGCACACAAACGUCUGCUUCUGGUAUAUACCUCCCAGCUUGCGCAGUAUGGAAGACAACGAAGAAAGAAUGAGCCGCCUUAUGAAGGUGGCACCAGUGAUAAAAGCCAGGAUGAUGGAGUAUGGCACGACCAUGGUGAGCUAUCAGCCCCUGGGAGACAAAGUGAACUUCUUCCGGAUGGUCAUCUCAAACCCCGCAGCAACUCACCAAGACAUUGAUUUCCUGAUUGAUGAAAUAGAACGCCUGGGACAAGAUUUAUAACAACUGGGUGUGAAAGUCUGUUCCUGGACCUCUAAGUAGACAAUUAAGUUGUCACAAACUGUGCGAAUGUAUUUGUAGUUUGUUCCAAAGUAAAUCUAUUUCUAUAUUGUGGCGUUGGAGUAGAGUACAGUUUAAAAUCAAGAAACAUGGCUCCUUUAAAGUCCUUUCCUGAGUUUUAGAAUACCUCCUUAAUAAUUAGCUGCACAAAAAGCUGCAUUGAAACAAAUAUGGAAGAACAGAAGAUACUUAAAAUUUUAUCCCCAAUUUUAACACAGUGACUACUUUGAAUUAAAAGCAAUCAGACCGAAUGAUGCCAGAUUUGCCCAAAAUGAUGACAAAGUUAAAUAGGGGGAAGUGGGAGGGGGCGGUGAGAAGCAGAGUAUACAAGCUCUAUGUUUAAAAGUGAAAGUAUUUUGCCUUUUUCGUAGUAUUAGAACAGAAUUUCUAAUUUACCUAUAGCAACAUUUCAAAUGUAUUUAAAUAGGUAUAGUUUUACAAAAGGAAAUAUAUAUAUAUAAAAAAAUCCUAUUUUGUAAACUAUAUAUUUUUAUUUUAUAUGGGUUAUAAAACUGCAAGGACAGAAGCUGAAAAUUAACUAGGAUUCUUUUUCUUUUGAUGGAGGUGCCUCAAAUAUUUAUUACUGCUUAUUUUAAAAUAUAAGCCCACAUUACUACAUUCUUAAGAGGUACCAGUACCUCAUUUCUCCAUGUCAUGGAUUGUACAUCUCCAGGGUUGAUUACUGAAAAACCUCAAGAGUACUGCAGCUCUCAAAACCACUUAAUAAGAUCAAUUACAGUACAACAAUAGGAUGCUAUUAUUCCUAAUUAUGUUUCCCACUUGGCCUAACUAAGCAGACGCACAAUCAAUAUACAG